GUGCCCCAUCCCCUCAGCCCAGCUGUGCCCCUCUGCCCCAGGCAAGGGUAGGAUGCUCAGGAGGGGGCUGUUUGCUCUUCAGCCUCGGCCCCUCCUGGAUCCCUGCCCCCCGGGGAGCUGCUGCCCCAUCUCCCUCAGGCUGAACUGUGGGGAGGGAGCCCUGAGCAGCCUGAGGGAGGGAGGCCGGGGAGUCCCACCCCCAGCCCCUCAGCAGCCGCAGGGGAGAGAGCCCAGCACUGAGGCCAUACACAGGAGCAGGGAGCAAUGGUGGGGGAAGGACAUUCGGUGAGAGGCUCGUUAAUCAGUUGUGUAGAAAAUGUGUCCAGAUGGCACAAAGUGAAGGUGCAAAAGGUGCAUGGUGACAGCACCCCUGUGAAUCACAGACCUCUAGGGUCUAGCAGAGGGACUUGAUGGGGAAGAGCCCUGCAGGCUGGGCUGAGGAUAGUUUCUUAGUAGGAGAGGAUCAGGAAGAUCUGGGUGUUUCCUUGGAGGGACUGGACAAGACCAAGGUGCAUAUUGUAAAGCCCGCCUGUCUUUGAAGCUUGGGGGCUUUUGGUCCUUCCAGCCACCUUUGCCAGCAUGUCACACGCAGACGGGCACUAGCGCACGGGGUGGCAGGCAUGGUUGUAAAGUCUCUUAGAUGUAUUUUCUAGCCUUGGUCAUUUAAUUUAAAUAGACUGUACGGUUUAUUGCCCAUGCGGUGUCCCGCUGCACAGGGCAAGGACCUACUGUCCUGUGUGAGGGGCAAUUGGGCAUCUGGCACACAACUGCCCUGACAGGAGGAAUUGUGCAGGAAUCAGCGGCCGGUUCCCCAUGUGAAAACAAGAUCCCAUGCUAGGUGCUGUGUAGACAGAACAAAAAGAUGGCUAGUGCCCCAAGGAGCUGACAAUUUAAGCAUCAAACAAGAUGAAGACAGACAGACAGGCUAACAUCACAAGUCUCUCAUUAUGGAUCAAUGCAGGACUGGUUCCGUCAGUUGGUAAAUGAGGUUGUGGGUGUUUAUCCCCACUCCCAAUACACAUCUUGCACAAAUGAACAAGGGCAGCCACCUCCUACAUCUGUGUGGCCAUUGAUCCAGGUGGAUUAGCGGUAUUCCAUAUACCCGUUAUUGAAACUGAGUCCAUGGAGCCCACACAGAAUGUGACUGAAUUCAUCCUUUUGGGACUUUGCCACAAUGAGAUCUUACAGCCUGUGUGUUUUGUGUUCUUUGUACUCCUCUAUAUCGCUACUGUGCUGGGAAACCUUCUAAUUAUUGUCACUGUAAAGAAGAGCCAGUAUCUGAAGUCUCCCAUGUAUUUCUUCCUCAGCUACCUGUCCUUUGCAGACAUAUGCUAUUCGUCUGUCACAGCCCCAAAACUGAUUGCGGACUUCUUCCUGGAGAGGAAAACCAUCUCCUUUGACGGCUGCAUAGCACAGCUGUUUGUGUUCCAUUUCGUCGGGUGCACUGAAAGCUUCCUCCUCACAGUGAUGGCGUACGAUCGUUACAUCGCGAUCUGCAAACCCCUCCAUUACACAACCAUCAUGACUGGGUGUGUUUGUGGCUCCCUUGUGAUGGCUUCAUGGGUGGGUGGCUUUGUGCAUUCCAUAGUUCAGACUCUCCUGACCAUCCAGUUACCCUUCUGUGGCCCCAACGAGAUUGACCACUAUUUCUGCGAUGUGCAACCUUUGCUGAAACUGGCCUGCACUGACACUUAUCUUGUUGGCGUCAUGGUCAUUGCCAAUAGCGGGAUGAUUUGCCUGACCUGUUUUGUUGUGCUGGUUGUGUCCUAUGUCAUCAUCUUAGUCUCCUUGAGAACUCGCUCCUCCGAAGGUCGUCGCAAAGCUCUUUCCACCUGUGCCUCCCAUAUUGCUGUAGUGAUUAUAUUUUUCGGGCCAUGUACCUUCAUGUAUUUAAGACCUUCCACCACCUUCUCAGAAGAUAAGAUGGUCACGGUGUUCUACACCAUUCUCACCCCUAUGCUGAAUCCCUUGAUCUACACCCUGCGCAAUGAGGAGGUGAAAAAUGCCAUGAGAAAAUUAGGGAGCAGAUAAGCGACAUUAGGGGUGAAAUGAAAAAUGGGAUGUGCGGAAUGAUGGUAGUUCUGCCAAGUAAUGCUAUUCAUCAGGAAUUUGAGAGAAAAGAGAUUUUAAUAUCACAGGUGUUCAGUUUUUCUGUGAAA